GGCUGUUCGCACAGAAGAUGGACCCUCUCUACAAUACCACUGAUUUUUAUGCGGCUAACGGGACAAACGCUUCCGCAAAUUGCACCGACGGCUACAACCAGUUUAUCCAGCCGGUGUGGCAGAUUACGCUGUGGGCCAUUGCCUAUUGCAGCAUCGUUGCAGUGUCUGUGGUUGGUAACGUCGUGGUGAUCUGGAUUAUUCUGGCUCAUAAGCGCAUGAGGACCGUCACCAAUUACUUUCUGGUUAAUCUGGCUUUUGCAGAGGCCUCCAUGUCAGCAUUCAACACAGUGAUCAACUUUGCCUACGCUGUUCACAACGAGUGGUACUUUGGUCUGGUUUACUGUCGCUUCCAUAACUUCUUCCCCAUCGCAGCCGUGUUUGCCAGCAUCUAUUCCAUGACUGCCAUAGCACUGGACAGAUACAUGGCUAUUAUCCAUCCCCUGCAGCAAAGGCUGUCUUCAACAGAGACUCGAGUGGUGAUUGGUGUGAUCUGGUUGCUGGCUCUGCUGCUAGCCUUCCCUCAGUACCACUACUCCUCCACCGCCCUGCUGCCAGGCCGCACCGUCUGCUACAUCGAUUGGCCUGAAUACACCACCGUUGACUUCAAGAAGAUGUACUAUGUUUGUGUGACACUGCUGAUCUACUUCCUGCCCCUUUGCAUUAUGGGAUGUGCAUACAUAACGGUGGGUGUUACCCUCUGGGCAAGUGAAAUCCCCGGAGAUUCCUCUGACCGCUACAAAGAACAGCUUAUUGCUAAACGCAAGGUGGUUAAGAUGAUGAUUGUGGUGGUGUGUACAUUUACUGUGUGCUGGCUGCCCUACCACAUCUACUUCCUGCUGCACCAGUUCUUCCCUGACUUGUUUGAGCAGCGCUACAUCCAACAAGUCUACCUGGCCAUCAUGUGGCUGGCCAUGAGCUCCACCAUGUACAACCCAAUCAUCUACUACUGCCUCAACAGCAGGUAG